AUGGAGGCCGUCAUGACAGACCCAGUGGAUGCUUUGGUUGCUUCCCUCAAAGCGGUCACCUCUAUUGAAGAGUUUGAAGAUGUUUUGUUUCCUGACCGCGUUUUUGAGGGUCUGCGCAACAACAGUGAAACUUAUGACACCGUCAAAGGCAAUCUCAAGAUGUGUUGGGACGAUGUCCGGACGCACAGGCAGCUGGCGGUCGAGGAGGACUUUGACAUUCGCCUUGCUGCUGUCGGGCCCAUCUCAGAGGCUGUGCACACUGUAGCUCGGGCCAAGGGGCUGCAGACCGAGGCCCUUCUUGCCCUCAUCGAGAGCAACAUCGGGUUUCUGGAAGCUGGGGGCACCACAUUGUGUCAUAGUCUGCGGGCCAAACAUUUCAUUUCACCGGGAAGUGCCGUGAUAGUUGGCUCUCCCUCCUCAACCCGCAACACGGCAUUGAUUCAGCUGAGUGAUGAUUGGAUGUGCGAUGCGGAGAGUGCCAGCCAGGAAUUCAAAGACCGCUCCAUCCUCACAACUGAUAGCACCACAAAAGGCAUUCGCAAUUGCCUAAAAGACUAUGGCCGCUGUGGGGUGACCUCCGAUGAGGCUGCCAACACAUUCGAGACAAAGCAGUCCGACCGGGAGUGCGGCAUCCACUUCAUAUCUGUGACCAAGCUGAAUACUUGGACGCAGAGCGAGCAUGAUGGGCCCACAACCGGCAAUGGCAGCUUCACAUUGAGCAACUACAACUUCAUGCUAAAGGUCGCCGGACAGAAUGAGAUUGUGGAAGAGGUUGUCUCUCCCAAGGUGCAUGGUUUCCAGAAAAGGUUGAAGCAGGUCUGGGCUCUGUCCGAGACAUGUACGAAUGACCAGCAACUGUUCCAUGCCAGCGAUCGCCUCCUUCGGAGCUGGCAUGAUUGGAUGCACAGCAGGUGCACAAGCCAGCCUCCUGUGGAGAUUUGCUUGAGCGGGCAUGCCCUGAGCAUGUAUGAUGCCGCGGAGGUGGCCAUCAACGAUUUUGUUUCUGCGCACAAGUUGCCCCCUGUCUUCCGGACAAAGCUGGCUUUCUUCGAUUCGGACGUGCUGCGGGACGCCCACAAGAUCUUCCGCUCAGUCCAGUUUCUGAGAACGUUGUGCCCGAACCUUCCGGAGGAUACGAGGACUGCCAUGUCGCUGGACGAGUUCACGAUGGCCUUGCACAAGUGGACCCGGCAAAUUCAAUGGCAUUUCGGCAUCUACAGGAACCCACCACAAGGGGCGGAGGCUGUUCUUCAGCGGCGCCGUGCAUUGACGUGUGUUUGGAAAGAACUGGAGGACGUGGGUUUGAGCUGGCAGGUGGUGGGCUUUGUCCGGGACAGCGUUUAUUUGAAGAGGUUCGAUUCAGCUGCUGCCGAAGUCCAUUGUGUACACAGUAUCCUGGAGACUUGGGAUGCCUUAAGUUCUGUCGCUGCCACAUGCCUGCAUUUGCCCUCUUGGGCGCAGGAAGACAAGGAUGAGCUUACCGAAGGCUUGGGGGCUAUCGAGGUUUUGUCUUUGGAAGCCGCCCAGCAUGUAGACCAGAACCCAGGACACCACCUGGUCGCCAGAGAGCACCGCGUUGAGCCAGUAUUUUUGUUAGAUGUUCCAGCGCCCAAGUUGCUGGACAUGCGGCCCAGACGUUGCCAGACUUGCGCCAAGGCUGGCGUCUCUCGCAAUUUCAAGCCAGGGCCGGAUGAUGUUGCUCGCGCCGUGCCAGAUAUAGUUGUGUACAGGGGAGCAGCUCAUGCCAAGAGAUUCCGGUUCAUGACCAGCACAUAUUUGGUCUGGCUGCUGCAGAAUAUCUACGCAACCUUCAAUUUGCGAACGGUGCGGAGGCGGCUUCUGGAUUCUGCCCACACAUGCAUGCUGGAGCGCAUCGCCCGUGGGCGCUGCCGUGUGUCACCGACCAGCAUCGGUGCCUUGGCCCUUGCUUUGCCUACAGCCGAAGAGCUCCGGGCUAUAGCCUUAAAGGCUUUUUCUGUUUUUGUGGAAGAGCAAGUUGGUAUGCUCAUCAAACGCCAAGCCCUGUACAACAUGUCAAUUGUCCGUGGUGAUGGCCACUAUGACUUGGCAAGCCGAGUUCUGGAGCGUGACCCCGGUCAUGCUACCGGGCAGCGGCGCCCGUACACAUGCAUUUUGGCAUGGUGUGGCACAGACGGAAGCCUGCUGAAGCCCUUUGUGCUGAAACCCGGAGAAUCCUUCGAAGACCAGGCCAAAGAUUUGGAACCAUAUUUGCAAACGGCAAAGGGCAUCCGAAUGGCCUUUGGCAUGGAUUGGGCAGCUUCUAGGCCGACUGUGCACGCAACUGAUACAUACAACAAACACCGCAACCUCUGGCCAAAAGUCUACGACAGAGUUUGGAAGGCCCAGGAGAUUGGAUUUGACAGCGAGGCUGCGAAGGGUGAUGUGCGCAAAAUAAACCGACAACACGGGAGCCAAGUCUUGGACACAACAUUGGUUACAGGUGAGCCAAUGCAUGACCUCAUCAACUUGCGCCGCGCUUUGCCAAAUCUGGGGCAAGACUUCGCAGACAUUUACUUUGACCAUGCUGUCCCCUAG